GAUGCCUUCAUGUUCGACGUGACACUCCUGAGGGAUACAUAUAUAUAUAAAUAACGUGUCGCGUUAUUUAUCCUGGAUACUUUUGCCGCUCGCACAUUGGAUAUCAGCAGAAAAAGCGUAAGACGAUGUAUACUGACGGUCUCCUGACCCUCCACUAUGGAAAACAUCCAGCGACCUUGGCCGCAGAGGUCGGGGCCUGGUACAGCGGGGACCGUCACGUGGACGUGACCCUGGCAUGCGACGAUGGGUCCGUCGUGAAGGCCCAUCGCGUCGUUUUGGCAGCAGCGAGUCCCCUCUUAGCUAGUUUACUUCGGAAUCCUGUCCUGGACCACGUGGUUCAUUUAUCCGGCGUCCGAAAGACUCAAUUGAAUCAUUUGUUGGAAUUUUUGUAUAACGGAGAAGCGCUGAUACCGUCGACAGAGCUUACACCGUUGAAGGAACUUUUCGAGCUUCUUCAAAUUAAUUCGGAGCUAUUUGGGCCCAAUCAACCUCAAACUUCUAGUAAUUCUGAUCCCGAAAGGAUAUCGACUCCGCAGCCUUCAGAAGGCCAAGAGAGUUCCAGUUAUGAAUCCCAAUAUGAUAGCAGACAGUCCAAUAAUCUCGCGGACUGUUGCUCUGUUCUUAUUAAAACGGAAGGCUGCGAAGAGGAGCCGGAAGUGGAUGUGGAAGGUGUGGAAGGCGAGAGUCUCCUUACGGAUAACAGAGAGAGCAACAUGGAAACUCCUAGAAGGAGGGACAGCUCCGAUCCUGUUAAUUUGAGUCUCAAUUCCGGCGCUUCCGUCACGAGCGACAGCUCGCAUGAUAUACAUAGGCCUGAGAAGCAAAUAUUCGAAAGGCGAGAAUCUCUCGAGGAAGCCGAAGAGAGGAAGCGACAGUUGGUGACGCGGCUGGCGUUAGGUUUAGAACCCGGGAAGAGGAAACCUGAAGAGAUACCGAUCCCACCUGCGGAGGCGUACGUCGUGACGCCCCAUCGCAAGCGAAGACCAGGCUUCCACAACGCUCCCGCGCAAAAUCCUGCUUUCGUACCCUUCAAUCCUGGAUUCGAAACGCCCAGGAGAUUGCAGGCGCCACAUCAGCUAAGCGUUUCGGCACCACCGUACCUGGUAAGCUACGCACCACUGUACCCGCAGGAUAGAUCAGCGACAUCGCCGUCACAUCGGCCGCCGAGCGCCGAUCCGGCAUCAGCGGCGGCUCUGGAGCCACCCUGGGGCACCUGGACCCUGCCACCAGCUCGAGCACCACCGCCGCCACCGUCGACGGACGAUCCGCCCAAGUCUACUCCCGUACGUGAAUACCGGUGUAGCUACUGCGGCAAGCAGUUCGGCAUGUCGUGGAACCUGAAGACUCACCUACGAGUGCACACGGGCGAGAAACCAUUCGCAUGUAGACUCUGCGUUGCCAUGUUCAAGCAGAAAGCGCAUCUGCUUAAGCAUCUCUGUUCGGUGCACCGUGGCGUGAUAGCCGCCCCGGACAAUACGUUCUCGUGCUGCUUCUGCUCGUCGUCCAACUUCGUCAAUCUGCAAGACCUCAUCAGGCAUCUCUCGGGGCCGCACAACAAUCUGCUGCUCAGCAGAAAUCUGCAUCGCGAAUACAAUCAUGAAUAGCGACAAGAUCAAAGGCCAUCCGGUGCUGAGGAGUGCUCCUCGAGCGCGCAAUGACGAGUCCUUGGAGCAAGCUUCCCGAUGCUCCUAGGAUUUCGUUAGAACGAUCGAGACACUCGACUUUUAUACGGACCAUUUCAAAAGAUUAUACAAGCUGAGACUUGCAUAGAAUUAUCACUCAAGAAAUCUGUUUUUUAAUUUAUUGCACAAAAAAUUUACAGUUUAGAAACGCAUGAGUGAUUUUUACAUUUGAAAAUAAUUUUGUUUUCUAAGACUUUUUUGUAUCGUCAAAAGUAACGAAUUUACUUUACAUAAUAAUUUUAAAUAGUUCAGCCAUGGAAUUAUCUUGGUCUAUAAAUGUAAUAAAAAGUAAUAUGUGCCUUCUCAUUACAAGUAAAGUACAGAAGCAAGGCAAGAGCAAAAUAUAUAUUUUUUGAUUUUCUGAUAUUCAAAAACUGUUUUAUCGUGAAAAUUUACAUCCAAAUCGAAUUUAUUCCUAAAUAUUAUAAUUUGCUCUGCACGUUUCCUUUAUUGGAUACUUCUAUGAACUCGAAAGUUAAAAAACGCACAAAUUUUUUUCUUGGAAAAUAAUACUUGCAAAGUUGCCGUCGUCUUAACGAAGAAGUGUAUACCAGGUGUUACAAAUAUCUUAACAUAUAAAGUUGAACCAAUUUUUGGCGUACUCGAGUGCAUCUUUUAUACAUAUUUGUGCAUCGUGAUUCUUAAUUAUUCGAAGAAAUAAUAAUGUAUUCCUUUUAUCUACAUAUAUAUCUAGAUGUACACGUGUUUUACAUCAUUAAUAUUAAUCAAUAUCGGGAGAAAAGAGAAAGGAAGAAAAUAAAUUUGGUCAAAAGCAUGAUUUUUAUAGUUGUUAAUAAUAAAUUUCUACUAGAGUUAUAUAUAUUAUAAUAAAUAAUAUUGUAAAUUUUUCUUUCUUACAUAUAAUUCAUACAAAAUUAAGUUUUUUCGAGAGAUAUUGAUAUUAGAUAUAAAAUUGAACAAAAAUUUAAAUAUACAUUUUUUGGAGCAAUAAAAAGCACGUUGCUAUCAAAUAAUUAACACUCAUGUACGCUUUAAAUAUGCCAAACAUUGGUUCAACUUGUUAAGACAUUAAUUACACGAUCUAUCUGGUAUACAUAUAAAACUUUUUUUGAUUUAGAUAAAUUUGCAUAUAAUAUUUAAUAUUUAUGUAAUAUUUGAAAACGUAGACAAAAAAUAUCGAUAAAAAAUAGUACAUUUUCUUCGAAGACGAACGGCACGCAGCACCGGAGAAGCGCCUUUGUAAGAAUAACAAAAAUAAAAAAAGUCGAUUUUUAAUGAAAGAUCUUCUUGAUACUAAGGUCGCUCGUUGCGAUUUUUCAGAAAGUAUCUCAUCGUUACGCAUAAGCGAUAAGUUUUGAUAAGACACCUUUGUUAAUGAUCGACGUCCGUAUAUAUAUAUAUAUAUCGAACACGAUCGUCGAACAUAAUCUGGAAAAAGUACAAGGACGAUAAUGAACAAACACGAGAGUCAAUUAUUAUCACGCGCCAAAUCUUGACGAGCCUGUAGAAAUGAAACGCUGUCUCUUUGUCGCGUCUUGUUUGUUGUUAUUUUAUUUUAAUCGCGGCACGUGGCAUCCGGAAAGACGUUCCACGUUUACCUCAGCCCGCGUGCGACAUUAAUCUCACGAUGUAAAUAAUGUUAAAUAGGAACGAGCGGAAAAAGAGAGACGAACUAGAAUUUAUUUAUUUCACACUUAUCGCAAAGGGACCAACCGACUUUCCACCGAUUUCUGUCUUAGGUAGAUCUUAGGUGUCCUGCCCGCCAAUCGUCUUCAACUAAUUGCUCGUACGUAGUUAGUUACUAUUACGGUUUCGAUCGCGAACACACACGAAAGUAUCUUGUCGGGAUGUUGAAACGGUAUAAAGAGAAAUGAGAAAUGACGAAGCGAAGGGGAAAGUACGACGUGGGAAGAAAAUAUUAUCGGCGAAAACGAUUGCGGAAGACACGAUGUUUAUAAAUUAUUAAUGCAAUUUAUUGUAAUAUCUAGUAAACGUCGACGUUGUGUUAAUACUCUGUCUUCUAAAAUCCCGUCUUCCACAUCGUCGCUUUUUUUUUCAUAUCCUCUUCAUAUCUUCGUCCUGAUAUCCCAUUCACGGUUCUAUCCUUCGGUAUGUAACUCAGCGACUCGAGUGCCUUGUCAAAUGGGUCCAAAUUGGUCGAUUGGGCAGUGAUUUCAUGUGUUCAUAGUCUUAAGAGACAUAGGCGUUUAAGAUGCGAUAUCGAGCUCGCAUAGGAAAUGGAAAAAUGUUAAUGAGUUCACGUACAAGAUUUUAAGAUUUAUUCGAAGUAAUUCAAUUUUUUGUUAAGACUAGUUAGAUCGUUGUAAGUAGCUUUCUUCUCUUUAUAAUUUCAUUUUUGUUUGACGCAGGACGUCACGUUUUUUUUUUCUUUCUUCUCUGUAGAUAGGCAUUAUAUUACCUAAGGUGCCUUGAAGAAGGGCCUCGACCUCUUUUUUGCUCCUUAACAGUUUUUAAAACCACCUCGAUGAAAAUGUGACUUUAAAAUGUAACGAGAAAAAAUGAAUUGGUCGAUUGACGAGAGAAACACACAUACCUGAAAACUUAUCAUUUUCAAUGUGAAUACACACAUUCCAUAUAUGUAUAUAUACAUAUGCAAAAUUGUCGAAAGUAUAAAGAUUACUUUAACGCAGCAAUUAAUCGAAUCGUAAUUGUAAGGAGUCAGAAACGCAAAAUAAGCAAGAUAAUAAGAUACGUUUAUUAUACGGAAUCUAAAAAUUGAGGUUCUAGCAAAGUGUAACUUUGAUACCUUCACACCAAAGACAUUUUCAAUAAAAAUUGUCAAAUAAGAUUAAUUACACAGCAAAUACAAUUUUAGUUUUUAAAGCAAUACGUGACAUUUUGGACAACAAGAUUUGUGUACGUAAGUUUUAGAAUGGCGCGCGCAAUUGUACUUGAAAGAUGCAAUUUUAAUAUAUAAUUAACUGCAUAAAUAUGUUAUCUGAUUAAUACUGAUGUACGCUAAUGACAGUAAAUUUAUCUCAUCCGAGUCCUGUGGUAAUAAAAUAGUCGUGUAUAAAUAAAAAUUACACAAUGACGUAAAUUUUUCUCUCUGUCUCAAAAUCUCAAUGUCUUCGUAUCCAUCAAACGAAGCGUCACGCGGGAAAUACGAUUGCGUUCGAAGUUGCUGUUUAUUCUCGUAAUUGCAAUCUCUCGGGAUGGAGACGAAUCGAUCGGUAUGUCUUCUUUGUUCUACCACCUUUUUCCGUCGAUAUUCUCAUCGUGACGAACAAGCGUACAUCGUAACGGAGCAAAAAGGGAGGUUAGAGGGGUGGUGUGCGCUCUCGCAAAGCCAGGCAGACAAUGGCCAGCACAAAACACAGUGAACGUAAUGUGAUACUAAAUGAUAAUAAAGCUAAAGUAAUUAUUGUUUAGCGCGCGGCGGCGUUCUCGUGAUCGACGGGCGCGACGACCCGUCGUGGGUUCUCGAUGUGUGACCACAGGAAGAAUCUUUGCAAUCGCGAAGGCGGGAGGAAACCGAUCGAGGAAUGAUCUUGCGAGUCGCCUAUAAUAAUUAGAUAAGCACGAUCGGCUUUGUCUCACCGUUUCCCUUUAUCCCUCCCCCUCCACCCUUAUCACGCCCCGACAUUCAGUCGUCCCCUCUUCUCGAGCCGUAUAAACGCACUAAGAUUAUGCAUUACAGAUUAUUUUAUUGUUAAUUAAUUAUGUUUAUAGCGCGCCCACACAUGCACCCGGAUGUCUCUCUCGGGACCGUGUCCGUAUCGGCGAGGAAAAAAAAAGAAAGAAAGACAAAGAUCUCGAAUUUCGGUUUCGACGGACAAGUGGAUCGGGAAUGUAGAGGAAGAUGACACUUAGAAUAAUUUAAUGCCAAACCGAUCGAAUGAUAAAUUGAAUGGUUUAGGAACCGAUAAAGGUUUAGUUUAAGGGAUGUAUGAUUGGCAUAUAAUUUUGUAAAAAUAGCGAAAAAUGUUGAUUUGAUAUGAUUCUUCAUCACUAUUUUGCGAAAAUAGCGUCUUCUUUUCCUCAUUUCGGACAUCCGGGUGAAACUUUGUAGAUUUUAAGCAUCUUCCAAGCGGAGCGCGAGCUUCGUGUGCUUUCUUAGUGUUCAUAGAUUUACGAAAAAUAAAUUAAUUCAGAUGGAAACACUGUGUACGACAUGAUAAAAGAAAGCGAGCGUAAUCGA